AUGAAAGCACCUAGUUUGCGGUCUGCAUUAUAUAUUGUUGAAGAUGCCGAAAAUGAUAAUAAAUCAAAAUUAAAAUUAUUCUUUAAAGCACUUGUUAAAGGUGUUAAUAGUGAUUCGUAUAUGAAUACAUUAAAACGCUUUCAAAUAUCGCCAUCAACAUUGACUGAACAUGAUGAGAUAUUAAUAUUUGACUGUUUUAAUUCUAUGAUGCAUAACAAAUAUUAUAAUCAAAAAUCUCAAAAUAAAUUUUGUGACAAAUGGUUACCAAAAUAUGAAUAUAUCUUACAUGAAUUAGUAACAACAAUACCACUACAAUUCCAUACAGUAAAAUAUGUAAUUGUUAAUUUAAUGUUAAUGCAACGAUCUAUGGAUAAUAUGCUCUCAGUUCUAAUUCCAAAUUUUAGCAUUUAA